GAAAAGAAUUUGAGGAGAUCAUCUUUCUAUCUCCUCCACCUCUCUCUCUCUUUCAUAUUCUAUCAGUUCAAAGUCCCAUUUUGCACAAUCUACUCAUCAAAACAACAAAAACAAAACAGCGAUCUUGACCUAAAUUAAUCGAAAUCUGCAUGAAAAGGUCCACGUGCCUUAACCCGUUCUUUCACGCCCUUGAAACCCAACAAUCACACUUGCGAAACUGCCAGUCUUUUCUCUUCUAUUGGCUUUUCGGGUUCUUCGGUUCUUCCCCAUUUCAAUGCCAAACCCUUACCAAAAUACAGAAACUCUAUUUCAUGAAUAAACAAAAUACCCAUCUAGUAAAUCCAAAUCCCGACAAAGAAAAUUUUAUAUUUGAAUAAGAUUUAGAUAUAUAGAGAGAGGGAGAAGGGACAGUGAGAAAGAGAUUCACCAAAAGCCACUCCGCACAUAGCUUCAGCUCUUUCAGGACUCUCUGCACCGACUCGGUUACUCUCUCCCAGUCUAUCUUCUUUUUAUUUAUUUAUUUAUUUAUUUUGUUUUAUAUAUAUAUAUAUAUCUGGGAUAGUCACCCUUCAAAUCUGGUAUUUGUCUCUCUCUUUUUCUCUUUUAAUUCUGUUUUGAGCUUUGAAGGCUUGUGUUCUUGUUGAGUUUUUGCGCUACUUAUAUGGGUUCAUCGUAGUUUUUGGAACUAGUGAAUGUAUAGAAUAAAACCCAUUGGCAAAACCCUAGGUUUCUCUCUCUGGAUUAAUUCAUUCCUCAAUUGAAAUUAUAUAUGGCUUUUGAUCAGAACCACAUACCAAAAGAUCUAAGACCAAUAAACGUAGCCAGAACCAUACCCGAAGAGCCCCGCAUUGCUGUGUUGUCCACCGCUACUGCUCCCACUAUUGCCACAGCGACAGUAGCGAGUAGAAACCCAGAAAUUUUUGCCAAUCCAGAUGGUUCUAUACCCGUUUUUUACCCGAUAACAGUGUCUGAUUCUGGUUUUGUAAGUUUAGGAUAUGGUGGCCCAGCCCCAUGGGCUCCACGCCUACCGGUGCCAGUUGGAAGUGUGAAUAGCCCAAAUGUUGGGUUUGGUUACAGCCCCAAUUUGGGUAAUAGAAUGGUUAGUAAUGCCGUUGAUCAUGCUGGAAAUGAUAUUGUUGCUGGGUCGGGUAGUAGUCCCCUUUUGGACAAUCGGGUUAAUUCUAAUGGGAGCAACGAGUUGACAAAUGUGGGAUCUGGUUACAAUGCCAAUUUGGGGAACCGUGGAAGUGGUAGUGGCACUGGCGUUGAUCAUGGGAGUGAAGAGGGUGGGGAUGAUUCAGUGUCAGGGAAGAAAGUUAAGUUUUUGUGUAGUUUUGGGGGGAAGAUUUUCCCUAGACCCAGUGAUGGUAUGUUGAGAUAUGUUGGAGGGCAGACAAGGAUCAUUAGUGUGAGGAGAGAUGUGUCCUUUAAUGAGCUAGUGCAAAAGAUGGUGGAUACUUACGGCCAACCAGUGGUUAUUAAAUACCAGCUUCCUGAUGAGGAUCUUGAUGCACUGGUGUCGGUUUCUUGUACUGAUGAUCUUGAUAAUAUGAUGGAUGAGUAUGAGAAGUUGGUUGAGAGGUCUUCUGAUGGGUCAGCUAAGUUAAGGGUGUUCUUGUUCUCUGCUAUGGAGCUUGACACAUCUGGUAUGGUGCAAUUUGGAGAUUUACAUGACAGUGGACAGAGAUAUGUUGAUGCAGUAAAUGGGAUUGCAGAUGGUGUUGGCAGUGGUAUUGCUUGGAAGGAGAGUAUAGCAAGUGCAACUUCAACUCAGAACUCUGAUUUUAGUGGGACUGAGGCAGUUGAUAGCUCAGGUACUGGUCAAGUGGAUAUUAGUGGUGCACCAACAGCUAGUGUUUUCUCGCCUAGAGGUGAUCUGGCAACUUCCCAGGAGUCCAAUCCAAAAUUUGUGCCAGUGGAGCCUAAUCCUCCAAUUCAUGCCGAUGCAUCUGCAGUGUCUCUGGGCAUUCCCGUGGUUAAGUCUGGUCCUCCCCAAACUCUAUCUUCCCAGCCCGAAGUUGAAUUUGAGAGGUCCAUACCUGUUUCUGUGCCUCAACAGCAAUUGGGAUAUGAUUUCCAGCAAGCUGGAAUGGGCAUUCCACCACCUGCACCUCACUUGCAAGCUUAUGCAGAUCACCGCCAAGAAAUCACAAAUCAUGCAGAUUAUAUGUAUCUUCCUGCCCAGAUGAGAUUUCCCAAUGCUCAGUUGUUGGGAACUGCUGGAUCUGCAUACACUCAACAGCAGAUUCGUGACAGUAAUUCAAGCGUGGCUUCUCAUCAAUAUAUUCCUGCUGUGCAUAUGACGAUGACACCCACAUCUUCUCAAGUAGCUAUGAGGCCAACCAUUGUUCAGCCACUGGUGCAAACACAACAAGCUCGUGUGGAUCGAUAUUCUAAUGAAAACACAUAUGGCACAAGGAUUGUUCAGUUUCCUAUUGACCCAAGCUACAAUGCUUAUCAGCCCCAGCCUCCAUCUGCAGUUGUUGGAGGUGGCUAUGGUUGGCAUCCAGUUGCUCAGACUGAGCAUGUUGUCUUCUCUGAUGGAUCAGUGUCUCACCAACAGGUAAUUUUUUCUGAAAAAAUACAGAGAUUUGAGGAUUGUGUUAUGUGUCAGAAAGCACUGCCUCAUGCACAUUCGGAUCCUUUGGCACAGGAUCAAAGAGAGAGUGGGAUGAGCUCUCUAUCUGAUUCAAACGCAGUUCAUCAUAGUCUCCAUUUGGGAGACACUAAAAAAGGUCAGCCUUUGAACUGGGUUAUGGUUGGCGGAGCUUUGGGGGAUGGCAUUGUUGAACAGGGUGUUGGGGCUCGAUCCUCUGCCCUUAGCCAUGUUGACCAUCAAGUUGGAUUGCAACAAUCAGAAGCGGUUUUGUUCUCACAUACUGAAAAUGAGAGAACUACCAUGCGGAAAGUGGACAGUUCUGAUAAAUCUAAGAUUUCAGUUCCUCAUGGUAUGAUGGCUGUACCAGGAUUCACAGGUAUAGUUCUCCAGUCUCGCCAAGAAGAUUCUGUUCAGCAGCAUCAGGUGUCUGGUCAAUACCAGGUUAACGAGGAGCCCUUACUGAACAAACCUAUUAAUGGUGAUGUCUCUCAAUUUCCUGGUGUUCAAGCUUCAGAACGGUUGGGUCAUGAAUGUCCAGUGGAGUACCCUGGUAACCUGCCUCGUGUUGUUUCCAGAGGAGAUAUUGUAGAAUCUAGUGUAUCAUAUGAUCAGCUAAGAUCAAUUAAUGGGAUGAUAGAAACUCUCCAUAUGUCCCCUGAAAUUAGUGCUAGUAAUGAGCAGAGUAAGUCACCUGUUGAUAAACUGAGAAAGGAAGAGAUCUUGGAUUACAAAGCUCAACAAUUAGGUGGGAGGGAUUCAUUUCUGGAUGAUAGCUAUAAAAAGCCUCAGCUGGUUCUUGACUCAAACCACAUCAAGCCAACUGAAAUACUGCCUGCUUCUGUGGUCACACAGCCACCCAUUUUGGGUAAUCAAGUAUCGUAUCCGCAAUGCAUGAUUGGAAUUAAUCUAUUGGAUUCUGCGGAGGUUAGUUAUGGAAACCCCACAUUCUCAGGCAUUCAGCCGGCCUAUGCAAUUGAUAGAAUCCCACAACCAAAAAUUAGUCCUAUUGAUAUGGGAGUUGGAUCUCCAAAUGCUAAUGUGCCGUCUUCCUUAUCAUCUGGUAGAGUUGGAGAUGUUCAGGAUUCCUCAAAUUCACUUUUCAGCAACCAGGAUCCUUGGAAUCUAAGGCAUGAUGCUCACCUUCCUCCUCCUAGACCAAACAAAAUUCUAACGAAAAAAGAAACUUCUGAUACCAAGGAUCCUUUCAGUGAGAACCUUGCCAGCAACCCUGGAGAAAUAAAGACAGAUGGGCUGAUGGGGGAUGGAGUUUCCCAGCCACAGAGCAAUGCAAAAAGGGAUUUGAAUUCAGAGCAAGCUCAAUCCACCAAAGGCUCAGCUGAGGAACUCAUGAAGCAAGAACUUCAGGCUGUAGCUGAGGGUGUAGUUGCUUCUGUUUUUCAGUUAGGUAGCCCUAGUCCUGACUCAAUGGCUAAUGAAAGAAGUGAAUCAGCUCAUGAGGCAAGUCAAGACAAGAAAGUUUCAAGUGAAGAUAUAGACAUGCAACACAAAGCUAAAUUUGAGGAUAUGAAGAAUAAACUGCCAGAAAAGCUGAAUUUUGGAUUUCCAGUAUCUGAAGGAAAUUAUCGUUUGCAGAUUAUAAAGAAUGUUGACCUUGAAGAGUUGCGAGAAUUGGGUUCUGGCACCUUUGGGACUGUAUAUCAUGGGAAGUGGAGGGGCACUGAUGUUGCAAUUAAAAGGAUCAAUGAUAGAUGUUUUGCUGGGAAACCUUCUGAACAAGAACGCAUGAUAGAUGAUUUCUGGAAUGAAGCAAUUAAGCUUGCGGACUUGCAUCAUCCAAAUGUGGUAGCUUUCUAUGGUGUUGUGCUUGAUGGUCCUGGAGGAUCUGUGGCAACAGUGACAGAAUACAUGGUUAAUGGUUCUCUGAGAAAUGCUUUGCAGAAGAAUGAGAGGAGUCUUGACAAGCGUAAGCGUCUAUUGAUUGCCAUGGAUGUGGCCUUUGGGAUGGAAUACUUGCAUGGAAAGAACAUAGUACACUUCGACUUGAAAAGUGACAAUUUACUUGUUAAUCUUCGAGAUCCUCACCGCCCAAUAUGCAAGGUUGGUGAUCUGGGCCUGUCCAAGGUGAAAUGUCAAACGCUUAUCUCAGGUGGUGUGCGGGGAACACUUCCAUGGAUGGCACCUGAGCUUCUGAAUGGCAGCAGUAGUCUUGUUUCUGAGAAGGUCGAUGUGUUCUCAUUUGGUAUUGUGCUGUGGGAACUUCUAACUGGGGAAGAACCGUAUGCAGAUUUGCACUAUGGGGCUAUAAUAGGUGGUAUUGUGAGCAAUACAUUGCGGCCACUAGUGCCUGAAUCUUCUGACCCAGAAUGGAAGUCAUUAAUGGAGAGAUGCUGGUCAGCAGAGCCAUCAGAGAGACCGAACUUCACUGAAAUUGCUAAUGCUUUACGUGCAAUGGCAGCAAAAAUUCCUCCUAAGGGAUACAACCCAACGCAGCAACACCCUUCAACAUAGCCCCAGGUUCAAAGUUGAUUACAGGCAAGUUGUUUCGGUCUGUCCUCUCAAUCUGUUCUUGCCAUGGCUGCUUCUCUGGGCUGUAGAAAGACGUGUAAUUUAUUUUGCCAAAAAAGUAGUACAGUGAGGGCACUUAUUUUCCUUUUUUAUUUUUAUUUUUUAUAUUUUUUCAUAUCUUUAUCCUUUGAUGUUUUGAGAUAGGAAUCACAGUCCAUAGAAUUUGUGAAGUUGGUUGAUGUUUACCUUCUGUUUUGAAUGUGUUUUGUUGUUGGGUUUUCAUUAACUUGGGUAGUGUAAUUAAGAGGCUGUUUUGACCA